AUGGAGGACAGUGAUCAGGCCUUCGGACGCGCAGCAUCCACCAAGUCAUGCACGUCGUCUUCUUCGUAUAUUGAUGUCGAUAACCUCGCUGGCUUCAUCACUCCUGACUAUCGCAAUUCCGGCUUCAUCACUCCUGACAAUCGCGAUUCCGGCUUCAUGACUCCUGACUAUCGCGAUUCUGGGACCGUCACGCCGGAUUAUCUUACGCGAGGGAAGAGCAAGCGGAGCACGCCAAGCUCAAGAUCUGUGUUCAUUGGGGAAGCUUCCUCGGUGCCUUACUCGAAGUGCACUUGGGAUUUCUUCUUGAGCCAUAAGCAGUCGAAUGCCCAAGAUGCCAUCCAAAAUCUUCGCAUGGCUCUCAGUGAGCGUAUGCCUUCGUGCAGCUUUUGGUUAGACAUUGAACAGGAUCCUACGGUUCCCGGCAUGUGCCAUGGCGUUAGCAAUUCGAAGAAUUUUUUGUUGUUCCUCACCCAGGGGGUCACGCAGAGCAAGUUCUGCCAGAUGGAGAUGCGCUGGGCGAUGCAAUCGGGCAAGAACAUCGUCCUUGUGGCUGAAACAGACGAACGUCACGGCAAGCCCGAAUUGGGCGAGCUGAUCGAGCGAUGCCCAGAGGACUUGAGGAGUCUCUUUGAGGAUCACGUGAUCAUCCCUUGGUACCGUGAUCCUGAUCUGCGAUCUGUAUGCGUGACGAAGAUCCUGAAGAAAUGCAUCUUCGAAGUGGAUGCAGAGAAAGCCUCCAUCACUUCAAAGCUUCAGCGGCCGCUGAUGUUCAGCAACAACGAUGAACUGGUGAGUUUGGCCUCGUCGGAAGAGCGGGCUGUGCAAGUGAUCGACCAGAGCUUCGUAGUCUUCACCAGCGUCUGGGGCGUCGCCUUGCCCGGUGCUGGUGCAGUCGUCCGGUGCUGGGCCAUCUCUGUAACCUUCCUGGUGUUGGCUUGCGGAGGUCUUUGCUUGAGCCUCUUUCUCCAUCAAACUGGUCCGACCUGGCUGGAUUCCUGGACAUUGCUGCAAAACACCGUGGCCCAUCUGAUUGUCUUCCUGUUCCUGCAGGUGGUUCUUUCAGUUUUGCGCUCGGACAUCAUCCUGGACUUGCUGGAGAACCAUAUCGAUUGCGGCAAGGCCCAGGCGGAGAACCUUCGUUUCCGGACGAAGGUCCUCUCCGCAGUGGUGUGGAUCCUGGCGCUGCUGAUGUCAGGUGCAACCGCCUGGGGGUUUGUGCCGGGAUUCCUGCAUCCAAGCUACAUCGGAGCCCUCGGAAACGACCUGCCCGACCAUCGUUUCUUCUUCGCCAUCGCUCACACAUUCGCGUAUCUUGUUGUGCUGCCAAUCAUGUUCGGCAGCGGUCUGUCGGCCGUCCUCAUCUUGCUCCUGCUGCAAGAGCUGUGCUUCAUGGGCUUCCUGACAAGUCUCCAGCGGCUGAACCCGGACAUCGGCACUGUGGGAGUGCACCAUGCAGCGGCAGCUGCGUCUCCUUUGCAAGUCGAAGACGGAGAUCUGACCCGUUUCAAGGUUGGCUUCGUGAAGACCUGGCAGCUGCACAAGAAGAUCCAGAGGCAGAUCGCCCUCCCGUACAUUUUAUAUUGGCUCUGUCACCUGGCGGCUUUGCCGUGGUCAAUCAUCAGCUUGUGCAAGGGCUUCGGCCCAGACUCUUCGGAUGAGAGGCUGGAGAGGCUGCAGACAUACAGCCACCUGCAGGUGCGUUUGUGGGGGAAUCUGCUACUCAGCCCCACGUUUGGCAUUCCCACUUACAUCUUUGCCCUUCUUCCGUGGCUUUCGGUGUAUUACCACCGGCAGUUCUUCAACUUGACGAAGCAGAUGAUCUUUGCCAAGACGCAAGUU